CACGGUUUUGGGCCAACGCAAGAAUCCAAAUCCAUGGCGAAAGAUCGUUGCUUUUCAGGCUCUUUCGGGCUUCAGCUUACCAGCCGAUACCGUCACCGUUAGCUUUCUUUCUUCUUCCAUUUUCAUCAUGUAGAAGAAGAAACCUUCUGCUAACCGAAAUUCAUCUCAACCUCAAAGCUUUUCGAUCGUCUUUGCUGUUUUGAAUCGAGCCAAAGAUGAAGCUUUUCAGCUCCAUCCUCUUUCUCUUUCUUAGUUUCUCCUCCUUUCUUCCUCCCGCUAUCGCCAGAGGCGGCCAACGCAUUUCCCUCGGUUCAGGUUUUAGCGGUGAUACUUACAUUGGUUCUAUUAGAGAAUUAUUGGAGGAAAACCAGCUUCAGAAAAGAGUUGAUUUAGCUCAGGGAUACAUGACUAAUACGGAUCUGGAAAAAGCAGUGAAGAAAUUUGGGCAAAGAUGUAGUAACAUUUCGAGAAUAUACAGUAUCGGAACAAGUGUGAAAGGAGUUCCACUGUGGGUGAUUGAGAUAUCUGACAGACCUGGGGAGGAAGAGGCUGAACCUGCAUUUAAGUUCAUUGGUAAUGUGCAUGGUGAUGAACCUGUAGGUCGUGAGCUUCUCAUACUUCUUGCAAAUUGGAUAUGUGACAAUUAUUUGACAGAUUCAUUGGCUAAAUUAAUUGUUGAAAAUGUUCACCUUCAUAUACUUCCAUCAAUGAAUCCUGAUGGAUUUACACUUCGGAGGCGUGCGAAUGCAAAUGGUAUUGAUCUAAAUCGAGAUUUUCCAGACCAGUUCUUUGCUUUGAAUGAUGAUGAGGAUGCACGACAACCAGAGACAAGAGCAAUCAUGAGUUGGUUGAGACAGAUACAUUUCACAGCAUCGGCCAGUUUGCAUGGGGGUGCACUUGUUGCAAAUUAUCCAUGGGAUGGCACUGAGGAUAAAAGGAGAAAUUACUAUGCAUGUCCAGAUGAUGAAACAUUCCGGUACCUAGCAAGUGUAUACAGCCGCUCUCACUAUAAUAUGUCUUUGAGCAAGGAAUUUGAAGGGGGUAUUACAAAUGGAGCACGUUGGUACCCAAUAUAUGGAGGCAUGCAAGAUUGGAACUACAUACAUGGUGGGUGUUUUGAGUUGACUUUGGAGAUUAGUGAUAACAAAUGGCCUAAUGCUAGGGAGCUUCCCAUAAUUUGGGAGUACAACAGAAUGAGCAUGCUAAAUCUUGUUGCAAGUCUGGUGAAGACUGGAGUUCAUGGGAGGAUCUUUUCAUCAGACAGUGGAAGGCCAAUACCUGGCUCUAUCACGGUUAAAGGAGUAAAUUUUACGGUGAAAGCUGGCAGAGGAUUUGCUGAUUACCAUCGUCUGCUUGCCCCGGGACAGAGAUAUGAAGUGAAGGUCACUGCACCUGGAUACAAAUCAAAGGCCACAAGCAUCUGGUUGGGAGAAGAAGCCACAACAUUAGACUUUAUUCUUGAUCCAGAAUUCACUUCUGGAGUGAAUUUACUCCGUAGUGUCUGUGACUGUGACUGUAUAAGCAAGAGGCUCAGUUUGGCAGAGCAAAUUUGGGGGGUUCACUUGGAAGUUUACUUCUUGUUGUUUAUUUUCAUAGCAUUCUUAUGCUUCUUGCUAAGACGGAGAAUGAAACAAAAUCUUCAAAAACACCGACAAUCACCAAAAAGGUCAGUUUUGGUAUGACUUUCCCACUGUAACUAAUACAUUAGAGGUGACUCUUAUGGGAAAUGAAAUACAUUUUAGUUCCGUCCAUAUAUCCUCUACUUAUUAUGCUUGUUUUGUUUAUUUUGAAGUUCACUUACGAUGAAUGGGAGACUCAUAGACCAUGAAAUGUACAAUGUUUGAGCAAAUUAAGCCCAACAGUUUAA